AAAUUCAAUGUUCUGAGUACGACAAUCUGGUGAGGUUGUCCGGACCUGGAAGAGUGGCAACACUGCGCCAGCCCUUUCCGUAAACAAACUCCCCACGGUGCAAGGCGAGGCGAUCUGCCGAUAUUCAAGAGCCAUGGUGAAGAAGGUGACCCGGCCUGGCAGGCUUUAUGCCAAAGCAGUCUUCACUGGCUACAAGCGUGGUCUGAGGGCACAGCACGAAACUACAGCUCUGUUGAAGGUGGAGGGUGCCAAGAACAAGGACGAUGGCAAGUACUACGUUGGAAAGCGCUGUGCCUACGUAUACAAGUGCAAAAACAAGACUCCUUGCCCUAACGGUGGCAAGUCCAAGCUGCGGGUGAUCUGGGGCAAAGUGACGCGCAUCCAUGGCAACUCUGGUUCCCUGCGUGCCAAGUUUGCCAGGUCUCUCCCCGCCUAUGCCAUGGGCAGGAGAGUAAGGAUUAUGAUGUACCCCUCCAGAGUGUGAACAGUAAAGUGGUGAAAUGUAAA